GAUGUGCAAUGUGGAUGCUCUUACUUAUCUAAUCAACUGAUGUCCAAUAAUUCGUACCAAACCGGACUAAACCAAUUAAACAAAACGGAGAUGCAUGAUUCAAUAGAAUCUAAGAUCUACGAGGAUAAGUACUAAGAGAUGCAUGUAAAAAAUCAUAUAUUAUCGUGACUACGAGAGCUAUAUACAGCUUUAUCUUCUCCAUAUCGCUAUUCCUCAAGCCAGAGUUGUGAAUAUGGUAAUCUCAAUAGAAUUUUUUUUCUUUUACUUGUCUAAGCAAUUCCAUGCUUGAGUUUAAUUCAAAUUUAUUAUAUACACAUGUGGUAGUUAAGAACCAUGGAGAUCACAAGCCCUUGAACGUAGGUGGAUUCAGAGAUGCUCACCCCUCAAGGUACAGGUCUCUCGUUCGUCGACGAAUUUACACAACAUAUUGAUGUUGAGGAUCUAUACAAAAGAUUUCAUCAUCCAACCGGAUAUGUGUCUGACUACUUUGAGGAAGAAGUAGAAGGUGAGAGCAACCAAUCGGUAAGGCCUUCAAAUUAUUAUGUCUCUCAAAUGGCUCAUGCUCCUCAACUUCAAUAUCAGCAUUUUCGGAGCCGUCAAAACACUGAACCAAACGGUGGGGCACAAGACAAUUUCAACCAACGUGAUUCUAUGCAGUAUCAACCAAUGAUGUACCAGCAAGAAUAUCAAUUCAUGAGACCUGAGACUAAUCAGUAUAACCAAAUGGGUAGUAGUGUUCCUAAUCUAGUCCAAAUGGGCAGUGUUCCUAAUCUAGUCCACACCCAAGCUCCAAUGAUGCCAAUGACAUACCAACAAGAGCAGCAACCAAUCCAAAAUCAAGCUCUAACAAUGAUAGUAAGUGAUGUGGUGUUGUACUUGCAGCAAUAUUUGAGUGAACAGAUCUCGAAAGUGCUGCAAGAUAGACAGUUAGGAUCAUUUUCGGUAAAUCAGAACUAUUCCAACCAACAACAGACUGGCUUGCCUGAACCAUAGCCGGAGAUAAAUCCCAAUCCCCAAACACAGCCCACAAUGCAGCCUCAAGUGUUUAUUGCUGGAACAUCUUCUUACCGUGGAAGAAGUGGUGGGAGAGGUCAAGAUCAGCAUAACGGUAUAGCCGGAGGACGUGGGACAGGUCGAUACUAGCCGGAGCCUAAGUAAAACGACUUCCGACAUGAUUUUGAACCUUUCUUCUUACUGGCAUUUUCUCACAAAAUAAUCACUACUAAAACUUUCAUGACUCUUUA